AUGGCGGAUUUGAUCGUUUCCAUCGGCUACCGGUGUUUCAAGGCGGUGAUGUUCCUGACAGGCCUGAUGUUCGGCUCGGUGGUCAUUUUCAUGCUGUGCUACAAGAAGCGCGUGCUGGAGACGCAGCUCAGCGUGGAGGCCUCGGUGGGCGUCGGCCUGGGCAUCGGCACCCUCUGCGGCCUGGUCACCAUGCUGGUGCGCAGCGUGGGCCUCUUCAUGGUGGGCCUGCUGCUGGGCCUGCUGGUGGCCGUCGCCACGCUGGUGGGCAUGGAGGAGCUGUCGGACAGCCCGCCGCGCUCCGUGUGGGUGCCGCUGGGCGUGCUGCUGGGCCUGGGCAUGCUGUUCGCCGUGCUCACCCUGCAGUGGCAGCCGCUCUUCACCACGCUCUCCACGGCGGUGUUCGGGGCGGCCGUCAUCACCGUGGCGCUGGACUACUUCGCGGAGCUCUCCGCCCUGGCGCUCUACGUGUACGGGCGGCUGAAGGCGGAGCCCGCCGGCCCCGUGUGCUGGCUGACCUGGGUGGUGCUGGGGGUGUGGCCGUCCCUCGCCCUGCUGGGCGUGCUCGUCCAGUGGAAAGUGACGGCGGAGGGCUACUCCCACACCAAGGUGAUCAUCAGCCGGCAGCAGAGGAGGAUGCAGGUGAUGCGGAUCCGUCAGCGGGACGACCGCAGCCGCAGCAAGAAAAGGCGGAAGCAGCAACACGGCUCCUCUCAUCACUACCAUCACCACGGCAACCAGGCCAAGCCCCUCAACCCGGAGCCCGCCUACCGCCGCAAGCCCAACCCCAUCCGCCGCUACGACGGAGACGUCCUGUCACCGAGCUACAUCCAGAGUUUCCGAGACCGGCAGGUGGAGGCACGGCCGUACCCGGGCCGGCUGAUUGGCGGGCCUCACUCCAUGGUGAAUAUGGUAUAUGAGGGCAGCUCCGCCACGCCCCUCACCGGAGCCGCCGCCGGACCCUCACAAAGAGCCUAGCACCU